AUGGACGCUACAGAGUUCCGGAGGAGAGGAAAGGAGAUGGUAGACCUGAUAGCAGAUUACCUGGAGAACAUAGAGCAGAGGCCGGUGUACCCCGACGUGGAGCCUGGGUACCUGCGGUCCCUCAUCCCUGAGGAGGCCCCUGAGGAGUCCGAAACCUACGAGGACGUGGUCAAAGACAUUGAGAGGGUCAUCAUGCCUGGGGUGACCCACUGGCACAGCCCGUACUUCUAUGCCUACUUCCCCACGGCUAACUCCUUCCCGGCCAUGCUGGCAGACAUGCUGUCUGGAGCUAUUGGUUGCAUCGGAUUCUCCUGGGCUGCCAGCCCGGCGUGUACAGAGCUGGAGACAGUCAUGAUGGACUGGCUGGGGAAGAUGCUCAAGCUGCCAGAGGACUUCAUCGCCGGGACACACGGACAAGGAGGAGGCGUCAUCCAGGGUACGGCCAGUGAGGCGACUCUGGUGGCUCUCCUAGCUGCCCGCUCCAGGGCGGUCAGAAUGAUCCUGGCCAGUGACCCACAGCGUCCAGAGACUGGCAUUACCUCCAAACUGGUGGCCUACUCCUCCGACCAGGCUCAUUGCUCGGUGGAACGAGCAGGUAUGAUUGCCGGAGUGAGGAUGAAGAAGAUUCCGACGGAGCAGUCAGACAAGUAUGCUGUCCAGGGAGAGACCCUCCGGAGAAUGAUACAGGAAGACAAGGCUGCAGGACUCAUCCCCUUCUACUUCUGUGCUACUCUUGGGACCACUCCCUCAUGUGCAUUUGAUCACAUUACUGAACUUGGGCCCAUAUGUAAUGCAGAGAAAAUCUGGAUGCACAUUGAUGCUGCAUAUGCUGGGAGUUCCUUUAUCUGUCCUGAAUUCAGACCCCUGUUGAAUGGCAUUGAGUUUGCAGACUCAUUCAAUUUCAACCCACACAAAUGGCUGUUGGUCAACUUUGACUGUUCUACAAUGUGGGUGAGGAAAAGAUCUGAUCUCAUUGGGGCCUUCAAGAUGGAUCCUCUAUACCUGAAACAUGAUCAUCAAGAGUCAGGGCUGGUCACAGAUUACAGGCACUGGCAGAUUCCACUGGGCCGAAGGUUCCGCUCUCUCAAGAUGUGGUUUGUGUUCCGGAUGUAUGGGCUCAAAGGCCUUCAGGACUACAUCCGUAAGCAUGUGGAGUUGGCCAAAGAGUUUGAGAGCCUGGUUCGCGCUGACCAGCGCUUUGAGAUCAGCGCAGACGUGGUCUUGGGGCUGGUCUGCUUUAGACUAAAGGGCUCCAACGAGGUGAACGAGACCUUGCUGAAGAGGAUCAACAAUGGCAGGAAGAUCCACCUGGUGCCGUGCCAGCUGUCUGGUCAGUUUGUGCUGCGCUUCGCCGUCUGCGCCCGCACCACCGAGUCACGUCACAUCCGCGAGGCCUGGCGACUCAUCACACAGCUGGCCGAAGAGGUCAUGCAGGAGCUGCCCCACUGACCAUCCACAUUGACUAGACAGGCUGGGUUGGACCAGGGGCUGUAAUGUAUCAAGCAGUAUUUCAGAGUAAGAGUGCAGAUCUAGGAUCAGGUCCUCCCCUGUCCAUUCAUUAAAAUAUAAAAGGCAAAAUUGAUCCUAGAAACGGAUCUUAGAUCAGCACUCCUACUCUGAGAUUCUUGAUGAAUAAGAGCCCUAACCCCACCUGACCAUGGCCGGUAUUCAAAACGUGUCUCAGAGUAGGAGUGUCCAUGUUAUCUUAUUCCUUGUGAAGUAAAAGGCUAAACUGAUCCUAGUUCAGCAC